AUGCAAAAGACACCUUCAAUUACCUCAAAGAUGCUACGAAACAAACGAAAGUUUAGAAAACCACUUAUUCUUGUAUUCGCUAUCAAUAUAAUAUACAUAUUAACCUACUGUCUAUCACGAUCAGCCAACAAGAAUGUCGAUACUCAACAGAUACAUAUAUCCAUAGAUGGUUCAGACCUGCUACCGCAACUAGCUAAUACUGAUAUAGACUAUGCCAGGAAGUUAGAAUAUCUUCUAACGAACAUGGAACCACCCAAACAUACAACUACUCUCGUGAAAUCACCAAAGGAGUUGAGCAACAUUGUCAGCUCCAAUCUCUUAUAUCAAGAUGAUAGAUUCACUUUUGGCUCAUUAUUUGAUCACAUUCUAGCACAAGAUGAAAUUCCUAAAUCCAUACCAUUUCAGUGGUCAGAUUGGGUCGAUUUGUCGUACUUGAAUCAUCAGUUGAAUAAGCCAUUCGACCAAAGACUAAAAUGUUUAGAUGUCAUCCAUGAAAUGAAUUUUGUUCCCUCUGGAGCUAGAUCGAGAGCAAAAUCAAACCCAAAGAGCGUCGGGUGUAUAGACACCAAGGACCUCACUGAUGAAGAGGUCAGAGAUUUGGGCUUCCAAGACAAAUCGGAAUUACCGGGAUUUAUUCAGUUUCAACACACAGCAGUCACAACCACUGAGUAUGUGAGGAAUUUACAAGGUAAAACGUACUUGUUAACUCAUCAACCGUUACCUUACAAAGUAAUCUUUUUGAACGAUUUUGGUGAUGAUUUACUGUUCGAUGUAUACAAGGGUCGUCCUGACACAACAAGAACCAAGUUCAAUCUUGUGAAACAAUUUGAACAGAUUGCACCAAACAAAACUUAUGAGUAUAACCCACAACCAAUUAUCGAGUUACAAGAAUCACAUUUCACCUACAACCGCCUAAUUCUUGCUCAAAAAUGGAACCAACUUCGCUCAGCUCAAGAGCCACUUGAUCAAUUACAACAAUCGUUUUUGAACUCAAUAGUAACUACAAUUGAAACAAAGCCCUCGAAGAAUCCCGAAACGCGCUAUUUCAAAGAAGCUACAUUGCACAUGAACUUUGAUAAUUCAGAUUCUGGAUGGCAUUAUGAUUGGCGUUUUUUUAAUGGAAGAUUGGGUGAUAAUGUUGAUCGUACAUCAAUCAUUAUGGAAAGGUUACUGCGCAAUUGGUUCAAAUUCAGUGAAAAACAUGGUAUUAUUAGUUGGAUUGCUCAUGGUCCAUUAUUAAGUUGGUAUUGGAAUGGAGGUACUUUUCCUUUUGAUAAUGAUUUGGAUAUACAAAUGCCAAUUCAACAUUUGCUCAAAUUGGGUGAACUUUAUAAUCAAACUUUGGUGGUUGAGGACCCACGUGAAGGGACUGGCAAAUUUCUUAUUGAAGUGGGGACAUUUGUGCAUAAUAGACAAAUAUCAAAACGUGGUAAUCAUAUAGAUGCAAGAUUUAUUGACAUUGAUACGGGUGUUUAUAUUGAUAUUACUGGCUUGAGCACAAGUGGAGCUGCACCGUCAUCAAACUAUUAUCAAAAUGUCAAUGACGAUGUGGAUGAAGGACCGGUGUUGGAAAAAGGUGCUGCCGUGUUUAACGAUAGACGAGUCCACUUUUAUAAUUUACAUCACCUAUCACCAUUAAAGCUAACCAUGUUAAAUGGUGUGCCUUGUUAUGUUCCCAACUCAAUAAUACAACGUUUAAAAUUCGAAUACCCUAAUCGUGCAUUGACCAAAGUUGAAUACAAAGAAUGGUACUUUAUCAACAAGUUACAAAGUUGGAUACAUGAACCGUCAUUAGUGAAAGCGCUUGAUCCAAAUGACUACAUGAAGUCAAAUGGACGAGUCAAUAAGACGAAAUUAAAAAAGCUUGUUCAAAAUUUGUCAGAUGAAGAAAUUUAUCAAAUCUUGACAGAAAAUCAUCAAGUAUUGAUUGAUUAUUACCAAUCACAAGCAUUGGCUCAAUACCAUCAACGAGAAAUACGUUACCUUUUCAAAGUCGAUGGCUCCAAACACAAAAAUGUGAAUGAUUUAACACAGGGAAAGAUUUUGGAUAAUCCAAAUUCACAUCAAGAGCAAGAGUAUAUUAAUCUUAUUGAGCAAGGUGUUCGUUUGAAGCCACCAGUUAGAGAAUCAUUGUUUGAGUACGAGAAGGUGAAUGGUCAUAGAGACAAGUACAAUCAACUAGCAUUUGAAAAGUUGGAUAAGAUAGAGAUUAGAUAG